AGCACUUGUUUGGAAACGCUAUUGCUUGCAAAAUGAUUGAUUGCUAUAAAGCGAAAGCGAACAAUGCAUUAUACCUCAAUGUUGGAUUAGAAUCGUUUGAAAAAUGUCUACCGAAAGGAACACGCUGUACUAUGUGCUUCUGGUGUGUGCUGCAUUUGAAUUCGCCCAUGGGUUGCGUAUCAACAUGACAAUGUUUUCCAAUUGCCAAGAUGUAAAGCUACCUUACGACGAAAUGCCCGUAUCGUUGGAAACGGUACGAUUCGAUCGUGAUGCCGAGGGAGUUUGUGAUACCCUGCACGCGGAGUACGAAGUGCGACAAGUGUCCGAUGAAGUGGCAUGGGAGCUGAUCAUCACAACGUACCAAUGCGAACAGCAAACGUCGAAAAUUUGCCUCGAUAAUCCAAAAGAAUACAUUGAACCGAUGCAUUGCGAUCGUUUCCAUUCCGACGACAGUGGCCCAUGGUUUUUCCUCGCAAGCUCCAUGACCAACGGUGAUCGGUGUGGAAGAUUUACCGGUCGAUACAACCUAGAUGCUGCCGUGCUUAAGAUCAAGUAUUUAGAGCAAUACAUCUCUAUGGGCAAGGGCACAUAUCGGGUUCGGAUGUUGUUCCACAUUCCUGGCACGAAUCUGGAUACGCUGAACGUACGUGGAUGCUGUGAGAUGGACUUCGACGUGAUUGAUUAAUCGAAAUAGUGUAAAACGAUGAGCUUAACAUAACUGCUGAAACUGUACAAAAGAUCACACAAUAUAAGACGUCCUUCUAUGACGCAUUGGUAGAGGUAAACCAGUAAAGAAUUGAACAAUUAUUGCAAAUCCACCAUGU